AUGUCCGACGACGACGACACCUUCCACUCCGGCGACCCCCACCUCCGCCUCGCCGUCCUCCGCCACCUCCCCACCCUCGCCGCCGCCUACCUCUCCCGCGCCGCCCUCCACAAACCCCUCGCCGGCUUUGAAUCCGUCCUCCUCGCCAUCUACGCCCACGAGACCUCCGCCCGCUCCGGCCACGCCCUCACCGCCACCAUCCCCGACCUCUCCCACCCCAGCCUCUACCACGAACCCUCUCCUCCCACCGCCAACCGAGCCUCCACCGACCUCCACCUGGCCAUCGUCUCCCCAAGCCUCGAGCCACACGGCACCGUCCGCUCCACUCGCCGUGCCCGCAUAGUGGGGGUGGCGCUCGAGCUCUACUACGCCAACAUAUCCGAAAUCCCGGUCCAGUCGAAAAUCGAGUUUUGCGGGAUCUGCGAGGCUUGGGCCGGGCUUCAGGAUGAUGACGACAAUGAUGGUGAUGAUGAUGAUGUCAGCAGGAAUAAGGGGAGGAUAAACCUGCCGUGGGAGCUGAUGCAGCCGAUCCUGAGAAUAUUGGGACAUUGUGUGAUGGGGCCGGAAAAGAGUGAUGAGCUGUUUCGGGCCGGGCUGGCUGCAUGCAGGUGCGUGCAUGGGAGAGCGAUGAGGGAUAUUAAUCCUAAGGCGGUACUGGCGAGCAUGAGCCUCGUCAAGCUGGCUCAGGCCUCUGUCGAGGACGUUGUGGAUUAUACGGAGAUUGGGACGAGUAAUGUCAUCUCUUUUUGA